GUUGCGAACCGUUUAGUCACGAUUAAGUGCGGAUGCAUAAAAGAAAUGUCUUCUUCAGUGCUAGUGGUUUUAUCAGUUCUGGUCUCAGCCAGAGCCGCUGUUCUCUCUACUGAGUACGCUCACUAUGCAGCUCUGGAUCCGAAAGAGUUAAUGAAGCUGUACUGGACCGUCGACUGGGAUCAAGAAACCGUGUCUUUUGCUGUUGAGGCGGCAACUACAGGAUGGGUAGGUUUCGGAAUCUCGUCAGGGAAUGGAAAGAUGGCCGGUAGCGACGUGGUCAUUGGAUGGGUAAAGGACUCCAAAGGCUAUUUGACGGAUCGUUUUGCUGAUGAACAAAGUCUACCGCCACUGGACAGUGAAAACAACUACGAAUUAACUGGCUGGGAGGAAUCAGGGGGCAACACCGUGUUGAAGUUUAAAAGAAAUUUUAACACCUGUGAUACUAAAGACAGAAAUAUCGAGCAAGGAACUACAAAAGUCGUGUUUGCUUAUCACACAGAAGACCCAAAGUCUGAGGAUGACAUCAAGCGACAUACCUUUCGGGGUUCGAGGAGUAUACUUCUCCUGAACAACUUGGACAAGAAAACUGUGAAUGAGAAAGGAUGGAAGCAAUUUGACGUUUUCAGUUAUAAUGUUAUGUCUGCGGACAGAGAUGAGGGUCUCACUGGGUUGAUGGCUUUUACAACUAACGGUUAA